GAACGUUAAUUGUUCGAUACGUAAGCUUUGUCUAAGUUAAACUUUGGAUGGAGGAUUAUCAUUGUGUGCAACAAGCUUUGUUGGCGACAAUUUUCUUCUCGAAGAACUUCUAUUACGAUCGGCAGUCUAGCUGAUGUGCAAUUGAAUUGUACGCCUAUGUGAUUCUGCUUAGUUUUGCAAGUUCCAGGAUGAUGGGCAACCUUCAAAUAAUAGUUGUAUACACAACACUGGCGUUGUUGAUCCUUACUACGGUGCGUGUGGAGAGCCGCUUGAGAUGCUACAACUGCACCUACGUCGAGUACAAAAACAAGGAAAAAUGGGGCGGGCUAGAGGAAUGCCAGGGCGAGGAGUUUGACGAGGACAAAAUCCCAGUUAUCAGGUGUGAUGGGAAAUGCGUGACCCGGUCUGUUUGGGGAGACGUGGUAGUGACUCAACGUACCUGCCAUCGAAGUGACGAGGGACGGUGUAGCAGAAUUGAUCGGUAUAACAUCGGACAAGAUGGCUACCUAUCCCAAGUCUGUUGCGGUUCUUCACGAUGCAAUCACAGUGGAAACGAUGACGCUAGUCAUCUCAAGUGCAGUCUCACCUCCCUCAUUGCUACAGAAACGAUGACUCUUCUAUGGUUUGUGAUACCUAUCAGGACAUGUUUCCGGUGAUUCCGGUGAACAUCAAAGCCGGUUCUAUGUCUGACGAAGAACUUGAAGAAAAGAGACAUCGGCAUUUAAACAUUGAAUCGAUAUUAUAAAUUUUCCGUCUAAUUUCACACCUUGUUCAUUCGGUCAUGGAAAACCUUUUUUUUCAAAUUCACGUAAAUGGGCAAUCGUUUUCACACCCGGUUCCAUUUAAUGAAAGUUCAAAACAUUCCGGGUAUCUUCGUUCACUCGUAAACAAAAUGUAGGCAGAACAUCGCGCAACGUGUGCCGGUGUCACAUGAAAUUCCGACUCCUAUGAAAAUCGGACCCCUAUUUCCCUAUUAUUGGUUGAUCCCUCGCACGUGACAGGUCACUCUCCCGAAACGAUCCCCCAAAAAGCAUUGUAUUGUACUCAUGCGUGCGCAGUACUACCAAUGAGUCCACAUUUCAUGGAGUCGGAUAUUCAAGCUACAUUUGUCUUGAAUUUCGUGAGCUUAGGAUUUCAAUCCCACUCGGGAAUUCAAUCGUGUGUGCAUACGUUUACAAAAGUAACACAUGUUAAAUGAAAUUGGGCAGUUGCAUUAGCAAGAUAAUGUGCUUACCGUGUUAAAACAGAAUACAAAGGUUUCAUGAAGCGAUGAACGAGUUGAAAGAAAUACGAAUACUUGGGAAGGAAUUAUGAAAAUAUUUCUUGCACGAUGCAGGGUUCGACCUUAACGUUUUUUAUCACUAACCAGCCAGGCUGCGUGUAUUUUUUUUUUUUUUUUUUUUGCAGCAUACAUCGUAUUUCAACCAAUUAUAUCACGCACCCUAACGUGAAUAUUUACCCCUCUGUGUGGAUGGAAAACCCUUAGGUUCUCGUAUGUUCCCUUCAAUUAAACCUAUCCUAACCAACAAAAAUAUUUGCUGAAAAUGGGCAUGGGCUCAAACCACAGAUCUUGCGAUUCAUAGUUCACUCGGCUAUCCACUCGGCCAAUGUAACUGCUCAACGAAAGCCAUUCUUUGAAGUGCUCUAAUAUACAUGUAUAACUGAGUAAUAGUAAAGGUGUGACGUCAUUGUUAUUUUCUUAUGAAUAAACAUCGAAACAGCUGAAUAACCAUGAUCCAUUGACGAUGUAUGCUGCAAAUAAAAACACCGCAACCAGGCUACUGAAACUGACUCUCACCUAACACACGGGCAUUUUCACUAGCCCGCAUGUUUUUUCUUUCAUAGAGUGUCUCAUAAACAACAAUGUGCAUUUAUAA